AUGGCUAAGCUUGGAGACAUCCUCUGUGCAGUUACCCUACUUGUGUUGCUCCCCUGCUCGGAUGUUGCAUUGGGGCAGACUACUGACCCUUCCGAGGUCGAUGGGCUCAGGGCUAUCAAGGGAAGAUUAGUUGAUCCUAUGAACAACCUUAAGAAUUGGAAUAGGGGAGAUCCGUGCACGUCAAAUUGGACAGGAGUCUUCUGCCACGAAGUGAAUGAUGAUGCAUUUCUUCAUGUGACAGAAUUGCAGUUAUUUAAGAGGAAUCUCUCAGGAACUCUGGCACCAGACGUCAGUCUUUUAUCUCAGCUGAAAACAUUGGAUUUUAUGUGGAACAACUUAAGUGGUAGCAUCCCAAAGGAGAUAGGCAACAUCGUCACGCUCAAACUUAUACUUUUGAAUGGCAAUCAACUCUCCGGUAUUUUACCAGAUGAGAUCGGCAACCUUCAAAGUUUAAACAGAUUACAGGUUGACCAAAACCAAUUGUCCGGCCCCAUACCUAAAUCAUUUUCCAAUUUAAGAAGUGUGAAACAUCUUCAUAUGAACAAUAAUUCGUUAAGUGGGGCCAUCCCGUCUGAACUUUCCGGAUUGCCUCUUCUUCGUCACCUGCUUGUUGACAAUAACAAUCUAUCUGGACCUCUUCCUCCAGAUUUUGCUGAAGCGCCUGCCUUGAAAAUAUUUCAGGCUGAUAACAAUAAUUUCAGUGGAAGUUCCAUCCCUACUACAUAUAGCAACAUAUCCACACUACUAAAGCUGAGUCUUAGGAACUGCAGCUUGCAAGGAGCUAUUCCAGAUCUGAGUAGCAUACCUCAACUUGGCUAUUUGGAUAUUAGCUGGAACCAGUUGACAGGAUCUAUACCAACUAAUAAGCUUGCUUCCAAUAUCACUACAAUUGAUUUGUCGCACAACAUGCUCAAUGGAACUAUCCCACAAAACUUCUCAGGGCUCCCCAAUCUUCAGAUAUUGUCACUCGAGGAUAAUUAUCUAAAUGGUUCUGUUCCCUCGACAAUCUGGAAUGGCAUUGGGCUUACCGGUUAUAGAAGCCUUAUUCUAGACUUCCAAAACAAUUCUCUCAAGACAAUUCCGGCCGCAUUUGAUCCUCCCCCAAAUGUCACUGUAAUGCUAUAUGGAAACCCUGUGUGUGGGGAUACGAAUGGAGCUCUGAUAACCAACCUGUGCCAACCCAUGUCAGUAAACAUGCAAACAUCGAAAAAUGAACAAGGCUCUAGUUGUCAACCUUGCCCUACAGAUAAAAAUUACGAGUACAAUCCAUCAUCACCAAUGCCUUGCUUUUGUGCGGUGCCACUUGGAGUUGGACUUCGGCUGAAGAGUCCAGGAAUCACAGAUUUUCGUCCCUAUGAAGAUGCCUUUGAGAUCAACUUAACCUCUUUAUUGCAACUGUUUCUGUAUCAGCUAAAUAUUGAGAGCUACAUAUGGGAGGUUGGUCCAAGGCUAAAUAUGCACAUGAAGUUAUUUCCAAGUAAUUCAAGUUUAUUCAAUAUAUCUGAGAUUGUGAGACUCAGACACGUACUUGCUGGCUGGGAAAUUACUCUUUCAGAUGUAUUUGGUCCAUAUGAGCUUCUCAACUUCACACUAGGUUCUUAUGCAGAUGAAUUUCCAAAUGCAGCCUCAACAGGUUUAAGUAAGGCUGCACUGGGCUGUAUCUUGGCUAGCUCAAUUGCUGGCGCUAUUUUACUUUCUGUGGUAGCCACCACGCUUAGAGUGAGAAGGCGUUCAAGACAUAGAACUGUCUCAAAGCGUUCAUUGUCAAGGUUUUCUGUCAAAAUUGAUGGCGUUAGAUGCUUCACAUUUGAAGAAAUGGCUAUAGCCACAAAUAAUUUCGAUCUGUCAGCCCAAGUUGGCCAAGGAGGUUAUGGAAAAGUCUACAAGGGGAUUCUAGCCGAUGGAACAGUUGUAGCAAUCAAACGAGCACAUGAGGAUUCUCUUCAAGGUUCAAGGGAGUUCUGCACAGAAAUAGAGUUAUUAUCAAGAUUGCAUCAUCGCAAUUUGGUUUCAUUGGUUGGCUAUUGUGAUGAAGAGGAUGGGCAGAUGCUGGUUUAUGAAUUCAUGUCAAAUGGCACUUUACGUGAUCAUCUUUCUGCCAAGUCCAAGAGACCUCUAAGUUUUGGUUUGAGGUUAAAAAUCGCAUUGGGUGCUGCAAAAGGAAUUUUGUAUCUACAUACUGAAGCAGAUCCACCUAUAUUCCACCGUGAUGUUAAGGCCAGCAACAUUCUGUUGGACUCCAAAUUCGUCGCGAAGGUAGCCGAUUUUGGUCUCUCAAGGCUUGCUCCAGUGCCAGAUGUCGAAGGGAUAUUACCAGCUCAUGUCUCCACUGUUGUUAAGGGCACCCCAGGCUAUCUUGAUCCGGAAUACUUCCUAACUCACAAAUUGACGGAUAAGAGUGAUGUUUACAGCCUCGGUGUCGUGUUCCUUGAAAUGUUGACUGGUAUGAAACCAAUUGAGCAUGGUAAAAACAUCGUGAGAGAGGUAAACUCAGCUUGCCAGUCGGGCACAGUUUCUGAAAUAAUCGAUGGCCGGAUGGGCUUGUGCCCCCCAGAAUGCAUCAGGAGGUUCCUAUCACUAGCAACCAAGUGUUGCCAGGAUGAAACUGAUGCCAGGCCUUCCAUGUGGGAGAUUGUAAGAGAACUUGAGCUCAUCCUGAGGAUGAUGCCUGAAGAGGACCUGAUUCUGCUGGAAACCUCAGAGACAGACUCGACCGAUGUCAAAAGAAGAUAA